CUCCCCUACAUCUAUACCCCAUUACUGUCGCUGGCCGGUUUAUCAAAGCCGUAUUUCUGGAAUGGGUCUCUUCAGCUCAAACGACAAUGAACCGGUGAGACCGAUGUCAGGCAUCGGACGGCCGUUAGGAGUGAUCGAACACUUUACACGACAUCAGUCCGAGUUCACGCUGAAGCUGCGCGAAAAGAAAUUAUCCAUCACAGGUGACGACUAUGAGAUCACGACUCCAGACGGACGAGUAUUCUUCGUCAUGAAAGGCAAAGUGUUCUCGCUGAGGUCCCGGAAACUCCUCUGCGAUGCGCAGGGACACCCUAUUGUUAAUAUCCAGGACAAGAUCUUUACGUUUUUCAAGCAAUUCCGGAUAUUCCCUGGGGAAAGAGAGGAGCCCGAGAUCUGUCAUGUCAAGCAGCAUUUCAAGAUGAUAGGAGAGAAACUCACCGUCCAUUUUACCAACUUCGACGGCCAGGAAGUCGAGCUGCUGGUCAAGGGAUCGUUCAUUGACAAACACGCCGAGAUCUACCUCGGAGACAUCCCAGUGGCUCGGAUCAACAGGAAAUUCAUGAACGUCGGCCAAAUAUUAUUCGAUCAGCAGACGUAUUAUUUGACAGUAGCUCCCGGAGUGGACAUAGCGAUGAUGACCGCUGUAUGCGUCUGCUUGGACGAAGUCGCGAAUGACAAAGAUUGAUACGCUUGGGAUAUCGUGAUUCGCCGGCUACGACAGAAUGAUACACUUUCAGCACUAUACAUAGAUUCUUCGAGGGCAGCUACUUCCCGCGUCAUGGCACAACUUACACAUUACUCACAUACAAGCGACGGAGCAUUCAUCAUGACGUUAGUUACUGCAAGCAUGUGCAUUAAGAAAUGCCGAGAGCAUUCGGAAGCGUUUCUUCGCAAGGUCCGACGAAUAGGAAAUCCGCAUUUCUAUCGCUUUCAGUGGGUUCCAAAGUGAAGAUGGCGACUUUGCCACCCCUGUCUUUGACUGUCUUCGCAAAGCCUGCGGCCGGAUACACCAGCGAUGAAGUGCCGACUACAAUCAAGAGUUCUGUCCAGUUAAGCUCUCUCGCUAUCUCUCCCAGACCGUCUGGCACUUCUCCAAACCAUACCACGGCGGGUCGGAGUAGUCCCCCGCAUCGACCGUACCUGUUUGAUCCCUUCCAAUUUGGCCCGCCGCACCGUGGCAGCUGGUCAACAGGAAUAUCAAGUUCGCCCGCGUUUUCCCUUGUAACAUUUGCAAGGGCCGGACUGAGAGGUCUAUCAUAGGUAAAGUUGACGUGCUUGCACUGUAGACAGAUGGUCUUGAACGCCGAACCGUGCAUCUCUAUAAGU